UCCUCCUCCAGUGUCCAUCCUAUCUCAGACACAGUCAGUGUAACUUCCCGUCGCAGGAAGGGUUGAAUUGUACUUCUUUAUUUUUGUUGGGGGGGGGCAGGUGACAGGGACCAGGCAUGGCGGGCACGUUGGCACCGAAGCGGCAGGACACUCGGAAAUUCUUCGAGAAUCUGUCCGGCGCUGGCAAAUCCAUCGCGGUGCUGACCAGCGGAGGAGAUGCCCAAGGUAUGAAUGCGGCGGUCAGAGCCGUCGUCCGAAUGGGAAUCUAUGUGGGAGCAAAGGUCUACUUCAUCCACGAGGGAUACCAGGGGAUGGUGGACGGAGGAGACAACAUCAUAGAGGCCACAUGGGAGAGCGUCUCCAGCAUGUUGCAAGUGGGCGGCACGGUCAUCGGCAGCGCCCGCUGCAAGGAGUUUCGCGCCCGCGAGGGACGCUUGAGAGCCGCGCACAACCUGGUGCAGCACAGCAUCACCAACCUGUGUGUGAUCGGUGGAGACGGCAGCCUGACCGGAGCCAACCUGUUCAGAGAGGAGUGGAGCGGCCUGCUGGACGAGCUGCAGCAGCAAGGUCUGAUCGAUAAGGAGGCAGCGCUCAGUAACUCUGAGCUCCACAUAGUCGGCAUGGUCGGCUCCAUCGACAAUGACUUCUGCGGCACCGACAUGACCAUCGGCACCGACUCGGCUCUGCACAGGAUCAUCGAGGUGGUGGACGCCAUCAUGACCACCGCUCAGAGCCACCAGAGGACCUUUGUGCUGGAGGUGAUGGGCAGGCACUGCGGAUACCUGGCUCUGGUCAGUGCCCUGGCUUGCGGAGCAGACUGGAUGUUUAUCCCAGAAAUGCCUCCUGAGGAUGGCUGGGAGGACAACAUGUGUCAGAAACUGUCUGAGAACCGCGCUGAUAAGAAAAGGCUGAACAUUAUUAUUGUAUCUGAGGGAGCCAUAGAUAGCCACAACAAGGCAAUAACUCCUGAUUAUAUCAAAGAUCUGGUGGUACGCUGCCUGGGAUUUGACACCAGGGUCACCAUCUUGGGCCACGUGCAGAGAGGUGGGACCCCCUCGGCCUUUGACAGGAUCCUGGCCAGUCGUAUGGGCGUGGAGGCGGUGCUGGCGUUACUGGAGGCCUCCGCCACCACCCCGGCCUGCGUUGUGUCUCUGGUUGGCAACCAGGCUGUUCGUCUGCCACUAAUGGAGUGUGUUCAGAUGACCCAAGAGGUGCAGAAGGCCAUGGAUGAGAAGAAAUUUGAAGAGGCAGUGAGACUGCGUGGCAGGAGCUUCGAAAACAACCUGUCCACCUACAGACUUCUCUCCUACCGGAAACCAGAUUCUGAACUUCCAAAUAGCUCCUUUAACGUUGCGGUGCUGAACGUCGGCGCCCCGGCGGCAGGUAUGAACGCCGCCGUGCGUGCUGCUGUCCGAGUGGGAAUCACUGAAGGCCACAAAAUGUUUGCGAUUAACGACGGAUUCGAGGGAUUCUACAAGGGACAGAUCAAAGAGAUCAAAUGGGGAGAUGUGGGGGGUUGGACGGGACAGGGAGGCUCUCUGCUCGGGACCAAACGAACUCUUCCAGGGAAACAUCUGGAUAAAAUCGCUGAGCAGAUUAAGAUCCACAACAUUAACGCCCUGCUGGUCAUCGGAGGGUUUGAGGCCUACGUGGGAUUACUGGAACUUUCUGCUGCGCGGAGCGAACAUAGCGAGCUCUGUGUGCCCAUGGUCAUGGUCCCCGCCACCGUCUCCAACAAUAUACCUGGUUCAGACCUCAGCAUUGGCUCAGACACCGCGCUGAAUGCCAUUACUGAUACAUGCGAUCGCAUCAAGCAGUCGGCCAGCGGCACCAAGCGACGCGUCUUCAUCAUCGAGACCAUGGGGGGCUACUGCGGCUACCUGGCCACGGUGGGCGGGCUGGCUGCCGGCGCCGACACCGUCUACAUCUACGAGGAGCCGUUUGACAUCCGGGACCUGCAGGCCAACGUGGAGCAUCUGACGCAGAAGAUGAAGACGAGCAUCAAGAGGGGUUUAGUGCUCAGGAUGGAGAACUCCAACGAGAACUUCACCACUGACUUCGUCUACCAGCUGUACACAGAGGAGGGACGAGGAGUGUUCGACUGCAGGAAGAACAUCCUCGGACACAUGCAGCAGGGAGGAGCUCCGUCACCAUUCGAUAGAAACUUUGGCACCAAAGUUGCUGCUAAAGCUAUUCAGUGGAUCACACGGACCCUCAAGGACUCGUACAAGGAGUCUGGUGCUUGUCUUGCAGGGAGAGUGUUCACUACCUCAGAGGACACGGCCUGUCUGUUGGGGAUGCGUCGCAGAGCUCUCGUCUUUCAGCCGGUGUCUCAGCUGCGGGACGAGACGGACUUGGUCCACAGGAUCCCGAAGGAGCAGUGGUGGCUGAAGCUCCGCCCGCUCAUGAAGAUCCUCGCCAAGUACAAGACGAGCUACGACGUGUCCGACUCCGGCCAGCUGGAACACGUGACCCGGGUCCGACCCAAAGAGUCCGACCCGCCGGCGAACAUCUGAGGAGAACGUCACAGAACAGCGACUCGCACGACGGCCGCAAAUACAUUAAAAGAUUUCAAAAAGUUUAAUUGUAGAGUAAAAGUCACGGAGCUUUGCAGAAGGGAACUUCUAUUUUUAGAUAAUCAAUUCAACAAACAUAUGUACAAGUCUCUCCUUGUUAUGUGCUGUAAUAAUAAUCCCCAAGUUUUAGUCCUGAACAUGUAGCGGAGCUGUUCCUGUUCCCGACGUGGGGAAUGCAUCUUUCUGCUGCACUUUAAGCCCCAUAAUUAAUAUAAUCCAGUAAAACUGCUUCUAAAGAGAUAAUAUAUCAUAAGAGGGUCACACCCUGACAAACCUGCAGGAAGUGUAGUGAUCUGAGCAGUGUGUGUGUGUGUGUGUGUCUCCCAUCACCUGCUAACUGUGUGUACGAGUGUGUGUGUGUGUGUGUGUUGUGGUGUCACCCUGGUGUUUGUGAGUCCUGCUGUUGAAGUGGAGAGUGUGUGUG